AUGAAGACGAAGAUGUUCCAUUGUUCGAAGGAUGGAUUUAAAAGGAGUACAGGAAAAAGGUGUUAUUCUAAAAUUGAUGGUCGUACAGGUUGUGGUGCAUAUGUCCAAUUCAAUUUACAUGAGAAUGGGAUGUGGAUUGUUUCGAAGCAUGAGAAGUUGCAUAAUCAUGAAUUGGUUCCACCAAGCAAGAGUUACCUUCUAAGGUCACAUAGGAUGGUGUCUAGGAAUCAUAUAUCCUAUCUUACUGAUUUGAAGAGCAGUGGUGUGUCUGUUGCAGAUGGUGUAAGAUUCCUUAAAACACAAUCAGGAGGAUCACCACUUGUUGGUUUUACAAGUAGGGAUGCAUAUAACUCUCUAUGUACCGAUGCAUUGAACAGAUUGGAUGGUACCGAUUCAAACACAUUGAUUGAAAUAUUCAAACAGAGGCAGUCAAGUGAAAGGGAUUUUUACUUUGAUUUUGAGGUGGAUUUGGAGUCAAGGUUGUGUAGUUUUUUUUGGAGGGAUGGACGAAUGAGGAGAGAUUAUGAUUUGUUUGGGGACUUGUUAGUUCACGAUACAACAUAUCGUACUAACAAAUAUGACAUGAUUUGUGGACCUUUUGUUGGCAUGAAUCACCAUUGCAUGAAUGUUAUGUUUGGAUGCGGUUUUUUGAUGAAUGAGAAGAUUGAGUCAUUUGUAUGGUUGUUUAAGACAUUUUUGAGAUCUAUGGAUUACAAAAGUCCACAAAGCAUAAUGACUGAUCAAUGUGCUGCUAUGGCUGCUGCAAUUGUUCAAGUUUUUCCAAGUUCACGACAUCGGCUAUGUAUAUGGCAUAUUGGCGAGAACUCAAAGAAGCACAUUAAAGGGUUAAGAAAUCAAAAAGAUUUCCUAGAUAUAUUCAAUUGCUUGUUGAAGUAUAUUGAUACAGAGGCAGAGUUUGAAUUUUACUGGACAAGGAUGGUUACAACAUAUAAAUGUCACAAUAAUCAUUGGAUUGAAAAGUUGUAUGGGUGUAGAGAAAAAUGGUGUCCUGCAUUUAAUAAAGAUUAUUUUUCGGGUGGGAUUUUAUCUUCUCAAAGGAGUGAGACCACAAAUCACUCUAUUUCUAGAAGGUUGUCCAAGACAUCUGGUUUGUGUGAUUUUUAUAACUCAUUUGUUGGGGUCAUAUCAGAGUGGAGAAGUAGAGAGAAUGGGGAAGAUGUUCGGUGUUCACAAGGUGUACCCACAAUGGUGAUGGAUAAUGUUAAGAUUCUGUUGCAUGCUAGGGAAAUUUAUACAAUUGAGAUAUACUAUUUGUUUGAAGAACAAUUUUUGAAAGGUGGAUCAUGCUAUCAAGAGUGUGUGAUGUUGGAAGAUGGUGUGUAUUAG